ACAACAAUUCUCUUAAUCAUUUCAUUUUUAAUUCGAGAUUCAAACGCUGAUCCUUCAUUACAAUUUUGAACCACUCUCACUCUGCAGCAAUAGAUUUCAGUGAUUAAAUUCAUCAGAGUUGGGGUUUUAAUAAACCAAUCUGGAAGAAAUUGGAAACCCUAAUUUAAAAGCCGGUUGCUGUUUCUGUCGAUGUCGAUCAUCAGCGACGCGCUUCGGCAAGCCUUUAUGCCCAAGCGCGAGUACGAGAGUCUCAGAGAAGAACAAAAAGCUUGGGGCAAGCUUCAAAGACCAGUGACAAUUUCUUUUGUGGCUAUAAUUUGGCUUGCAAUCAUUGUUUCUACGGUUAUUAGUUUGAAGAUAGUGUUUCCCGGUAGCGAUGGGAAGAGACCGUUUUGCGUUCGGAAAAUUCAAUCGAUAGAAAUAGGAAUGAAAGGUGGCUCUUAUUCGGAUUUGAUUCCUGGUGCUUUUUAUCUUACCGAUCAAGAGAUUGCUGAUUAUUAUUGGAUGGUUGUGUUCAUUCCUUCUUUCAUUGUUUUCGUGCUUUCCGGCGUCUAUCUCAUUGCUGGUAUCACUGUAGCUUAUUCUGCUCCAACAAGGCAUGGAUGCUUGAAGGUGGUUGACAAUAAUUAUUGUGCCUCAAGACGGGGUGGCGUUCGCUGUCUAUCCAUCUUGAAUCUUAUAUUUGCCAUCAUCUUUGGUCUUCUUGCCUUGUUUCUUGGUUCAAGUCUCUUGACAUUCAUGAGCAACUGCUCUACACCUUUGUUUUGGUGCUAUGAAGUUGCAUCGUGGGGACUGGCUGUUCUAUACGGUGGCACUGCCUUCUUCCUUAGGAGAAAGGCAGCUUUGAUUCUUGAUGAGGGGAGCUUUAGUGGACGAAAUCUAGGUCUCGAAAUGUUGGAAACGACUCCCCUGGAAGUCACACCAGAGGUGGAAAGACGUGUUAAUGAAGGUUUUAAAGCAUGGAUGGGUUCAUCCCUUCUUUCUUCUGAUGAAGAAGAUGAACCCGACAGUUAUGAGGAGGCACCUCAUUUAACACAUACUAACUCAAACAGGCAAAUACCGUGAACUCGAUAAAUUCAGUUCUAAGAAGUUGGCACCAUCUUUCAAGCCUUUCAUGAAUUGAAGAAUGCUAUGAUGGGUGGAAUUCAGUUUUGGACAAAUAAUUGUUUCAGCAUGUAUCAUAAGACGAGAAUAACAAUUACAGAUGUUGGUUAAAGGAGUAUGGACUUGAUGCUCCUUUGGAUGAGGAUAACAAUUACAGAUGUUGGUUAAAGGGGUAUGGACUAGUAUGGACUUGAUGCUCCUUUGGACGAGGAUUUCACCUCAUAUAUUAGGGAUCGAGGUAGUUUAGUUUGUUAAUAUUUAUUAAUUUGUUAAUGACCAAGCUUUGACUUCCUGAGGUGGAUGGCAUAGUAAUCUCUGUUCGUGCUCACUUUUUUUACAUGGUUUGUGUGCUUCAUUUGGAGCUACUUAAUAGAUAAAGUGGUUUUUACUUUUGCGUGAA